CAUGCCGGGUAAGGAGCCCCGCCGGGAGCCCGCCAUUUUCUGUCAGGGCUGGCGGGAAAGGCGGGAAGGGAGCGAGCGCAGCCCCAGCGCCGCCGCGGGACUCCCAACGGCUCCAGCGGCCGCCGCCAGCCACGCACGUAGCAGCCCCUAGAGAGCUCCCGGCAUGGCCCGCACCAAGCAGACGGCCCGCAAGUCCACGGGCGGCAAGGCGCCACGCAAGCAGCUGGCCACCAAGGCGGCCCGGAAGAGCGCGCCGUCCACGGGGGGCGUGAAGAAGCCUCACCGCUAUAGGCCGGGCACGGUGGCGCUGCGGGAGAUCCGGCGGUACCAGAAGUCGACGGAGCUGCUGAUCCGCAAGCUGCCCUUCCAGCGCCUGGUGCGCGAGAUCGCGCAGGACUUCAAGACCGACCUGCGCUUCCAGAGCGCCGCCAUCGGCGCGCUGCAGGUGGGCGAUGUCGGGGUGAUAUUAGCGGGGCGGCGAUAUUGGGGUGGCGAUAUCGGGGUGAUAUUAGCGGGGCGGCGAUAUCGGGGU